GGUUGUUGAGAACUGUGUGGGUGGUGGAGGGCCGCCAUGUUGUCACGGUGACCUCCAGCUGCCAGUAUAUCACUUCCUGUGCAGUGAAGGUGCUCACCUGGGUGUGUUUAUUCAACAGAAGGCGAGCGAGAGUCGUGCCUCCAUGUUCAGCCCCAUCCUGCCGAAUAAGAAACCAGCAGAGGACAAACGCAGGAACACUGUGCUCUCUGCCAGGAAAGCUAAACCUGCAGGGAAGGAAGCGGCUCUGUUCAGACCGUCUGUCCUCUCCACGCGCAGGAUCAACGUUCGGUUCUCAGAAGCCACUCUUGACAAUGGGAAUAAGAAAUGUCUGGUGAAGACGCCGGCGCGCAUGACUCUCUGCGUGACCUCGAGCACGCCUAAAAAACCCACCACCGCUCAGGGAGAGAAGCCCAAAGCCGUCAAGACUUUCUCUGCCGCAAACACUUCAGGAGCGUUUGUUUUCACGGGCAACACGAGUGCUUUGAUUACCCCCGGGAACCAGAAGAAGCCGACCUUUGACCUGAAGGCCAGUCUGUCUCGUGCCCUCUCCUACAAGCCUCACUCGGGUAAACUGAAGCCGCUCGAAGACGCCAAGGAAAACCCGGCAGCAAACAAGUCGCUGAUCUCAAACUCUCAUCAGAAAAACUACAAACAGCACCAGGUCCAGACACGGGGGGACAGGAGAGGGAAACACGAGGAAGGCAGGAAGCAGAAGAAAGAGAAUCUGCUCGGGGCCAGAAGAGGCCUCGUCAUGAUGUGAAAAAUAUCCGCUUGUUUGUUUACGUUUUGUACAGCUUGUGUUCCACUGUAAAUAUUUAGUUUUCUGCAGCUCACGCUCCUUUUAGCCCGCUGUUAGGAAGCUCUAAUCCUCUGCUUCUAUGUUACCUACUGUGUUUUUAGAUCUGUAGUUCACUGCUCUUAAUGAUGCUUUUAUGAUUUUUGACACCAUUGUACUGGUACUUUUGUUCUUAAAAAUGUGAUUUGCCUUGUUUUGUACUUUUUUUUUUUGUGGAACGACUAAAAAGACUGACACUAAUUAUUCCCUUGUUUGCUUUUUUCACAGAACAUGUUUUUUUUUUGUUUUUUUUAAUAGCUUUUCACAAAAACCUCUAGAACACACCCCAAAAAGCAGAAUAGGCCCUCUUUAUGACAAGAUAAACAACUUGAUCUUGACUUUAAUUAACAAUAAGAUUGUGUCCUGUAAUUGAAAAGUCCUAAAUGUGUGUUUGAUCUCCUUU